GCCCCUCCCCAGGCUGGGGGUGGAGGGUAGGGAGGAAGAGUCAUAGCACCUGGUAUAGAAUUUUCAAACUAUGGACUGUGAAAACAAUUAUUAGCCUACAAGCAGCAUUUUUUUUUUUUUUUGGUGAAAAUAUACACAGCAAAACCCGUUCCCAUUCCGCAGUUUCUAAACGUAAUGAUCAGGGACAUUGGUUACAUUCUUCACAUUGUGUCAACAUUCUCAUUAUUUCUGUUCUAGUUGUUUCACUUCCAUUUGCUUAAUUUCUCUGUUGAUGCUUUGGUCUUAUAUAGAUUUUUUUUUUUUUUAAAGUAAUGUAAUACUUAAAGGUAUUUUGGGGCUAAACUGUUAUUUAGUUUAAAGGUGGGAGCAUUUUUUUGAAAAUAACUUAUUUUUCAUUAUUAAAAAUAUACAAAGCAAAACAUACACCAAUUCAGUAAUUUCUACAUGUACAACUCAGUGACAUUGAUUACAUUCUUUCAAGCUAUGCAGCCAUUCUCACCCUCCUUUUCUGAGCUGUUUCUCCCCCAUUAACAUGAACUCAAACUGCCCUCUAAGCUUCCUAUCUAACCUUUCGAGUUUCAAGCAGCAUUUUUUAAAAAAAUGAAACACAGUGGUUCUCCAACUUUAGCACACAUCAGAAUACCCUGGGCUUGUUAAAACGGGUUGCUGAGCCCCACCCAGAGAGUCUCUGAUUCAGUAAGUCUGGGGCCUGAGAAUUGGCAUUUCUAACAAUUUCUCAGGUGAUACUGAUGCUGCGGGUCUACAGACCAUACUUUGAGAACCACUGAUGAAAUAGAAUAGAAAAUAUCAGAAAUGUUGUGGUAUGUAUGUAUUGGGUUACAGAAUAAAAUAAUUUCUUACUGUGAGUUGGGUUGAUACAUAGGGAUGACAUACUCUUAGGGGACAGACUUAGAGAGGGGUAGAGACUCUCCUGAGAACACACAGCAGAGCCAAACUAGAAUCAAGACCUGGACUCCCAAAGCCCAGAUGGCCUGCUCAGACCUGCCCUCCCACAGCAAAGCCCUGGUCUCUGGCCUGGCCCACACCUCACCUGGCUCCUCCCUUCUCCAGGACCAGGUCUCCAAGGAUAAAGCCCUCCAGAGCAUGGCGUCCAUGUCCUCUGCCCAGAUCGUCUCUGCCAGUGUCCUGCAGAACAAGUUCAGCCCACCCUCCCCUCUGCCCCAGGCCGUCUUCUCCACUUCCUCACGGUUCUGGAGCAGCCCCCCUCUCCUGGGACAGCAGCCUGGACCCUCUCAGGACAUCAAGCCCUUUGCACAGCCAGCCUACCCCAUCCAGCCAACCCUGCCGCCGACACUCAGCAGUUACGAGCCCCUGGCCCCGCUGCCCCCAGCUGCUGCCUCUGUGCCUGUGUGGCAGGACCGCACCAUCGCCUCCUCCCGGCUGCGGCUCCUUGAGUAUUCGGCCUUCAUGGAGGUGCAGCGAGACCCUGACACGUACAGCAAACACCUGUUUGUGCACAUCGGCCAGACGAACCCUGCCUUCUCUGACCCACCCCUGGAGGCGGUGGAUGUGCGCCAGAUCUACGACAAGUUUCCCGAGAAGAAGGGUGGGCUGAAGGAGCUCUAUGAGAAGGGGCCCCCUAACGCCUUCUUCCUUGUCAAGUUCUGGGCUGACCUCAACAGCACUAUCCAGGAGGGCCCAGGAGCCUUCUAUGGGGUCAGCUCCCAGUACAGUUCAGCUGACAGUAUGACCAUCAGCGUCUCCACCAAGGUGUGCUCCUUUGGCAAGCAGGUGGUAGAGAAGGUGGAGACGGAGUAUGCCCGGCUGGAGAACGGGCGCUUCGUCUACCGCAUUCAUCGCUCGCCCAUGUGCGAGUACAUGAUCAACUUCAUCCACAAGCUGAAGCACCUGCCUGAGAAGUACAUGAUGAACAGUGUCCUGGAGAACUUCACCAUCCUGCAGGUGGUAACGAGCCGGGACUCUCAGGAGACCCUGCUUGUCAUUGCUUUCGUCUUUGAAGUCUCCACCAGCGAGCACGGGGCCCAGCACCACGUCUACAAGCUUGUCAAAGACUAGGAUGCCUUCUGCCCCCCAGCACCAAGAUCCAGGAUGAGCAUCCUUUCCACACACCCACCUGGCACCCCUGGGGGGUCCAGGAUUGAGGACACAUCUGUCUGCCAGGCCCCAGGCCCAGGACCCAGGAGCCUCCCCACCUACCCCCACCACACACACUCCCUGCCACUGUUCUGCGCUUUAAUUGUGGGAGAAGCCGGGAGGGCUCAGCCGUGGGGCAGCCUGCCUGGGCCACCGAACCACCAGCCUCCGGCUCUGUUCCACCUCAAAUAACCUUGGAGAGGUGGGAUGGGAGGGUACCUUCUGGCCCCCAGGGGAGCGUGAUGGGCAGUGAGGGUGAAACAGAGGCGGAGGGAGUCGGGGUGAAGAGGCCUCAAGAAGGAGAGUGUCAAGUUGGGGUUGGCUUGAGAAGAGAGGGGCCCACACUCCUUUUGCUCCUGCUAUGUGCUAGGACCCCUGCACAGCUGGUGGCCCCCUCAGACCCUGCAAGGCAAGCAUGGGGUCUCCAUGUUUCAGAUGAGAUACGGAGACUCGGAGAAGUUGCAGGACCCCCAGGAGGCGCGGACAGAGUUGGAGUUAUCAUCCCAGGGUGCCUGUCCCCAGAGCCCAGGUUGACCUACCUCCCUGGACCAGGGGCUGGCCAUGGGGAUGGGGAGAGGCUGCACUAGGGGGUUGAGACAGACAGGAAUGAGGACAGGAGCCUCCUAGGGGGUGACUUGGGGCAGAACAGAGCAUCUCCUCCCAGAGUCCUCCAGUACAGGAGAGCAGGCACUUGUGACAAGGCAGGAAAAGGGGAGCCCAUACAAGGCACCUGCUUAUCAGCCCACAAGCCAGCCAGGGACUGCAGAAGCCCCUACUGACCCCUCCAAGCCCCCCAGCUCAGAUGGGGUACCAAGGCCCCCAGCAGCCUCCUGAACAGGGAAGGCCCCGGGGCAGGCUUGGGCUCAGAAACAGGGUCCAGGGCCAGGUAGGGAGGUAGAGUCCCAGCCUCUGGGCAGACCAACCACCCUGGGACAAGGGUAGCAGAAGGCUUUGAUAUUCUCUGUUGCCCUAGAUUUGGGUCUGGUGACCCCCUCGGUGGGUACCACUCCCUUAUUUCCUAUCCCUACCCCCCAGUCUCCUUGGCCUAGAGCAGCAGCUCCUGAGACCCAGUUCUGGGACUGAAGGUUAACCCUUCCCCUGCUGCCCCUUCUCAACACCCAGGCCCCUCAGAGCUGGCUCAGCCUGUCCAACAGCCGCCUUUGGGCGGCGCCGGCCCCCAGGCACCAGCAACCUCUGGGUAUUUAUGAGUUUCAUAUGAAGUACUGUGCCCUUUCCCUUCCUUACCCCCCACCCACCCCACCCCUGAGCUUCCUGAAGGUCCUCACAGUUUGCAUAUCGCUCAGGCCACCUCCAAACCCAACCUAGGUUUUAUAAUGUAUAUUAUAUAUAUUUUUGUGUAUUUUUUAAAUCCAGCUGUGAUGGGUUGUAUCAUAAAUGCGGCGCAGGGCUGGGGCAGGGGCCCUCCAGGCCCGGCUCCUGCUCAAAAAAAAAAAAAAAAAAAGAUUAAAGUUAUUUGUUUGUGGGUUAAUCGUGGCCAGCCUUGUGCCAGACCUCUGGGUUAGAACACCUUCAGGUUCCCGCUGGAUAAAGCUGGGGAGGACCUGGGUGCUUCUGCGUGCCGGUGUGUCACCCCCUCCCAGCUCACCCCAUCUAUGACAGGGGGACAGGGGCAAGCACUACUCACACAAAAUAGACAUGACUUGAGGGCCCCAUAAAAGCUUUGCCAACUCCAAAGCAUUUUCACUUACUCAUACAAAGUGCAGAUAUAAAUUUAUCAAUUCAGUUCAAAGAAGGGUUAUUUGGGUUUUAGAUUCAGAUUUUUAACAACUUUAUGACCUUAGGUGAGUCACCAGUCUCUGAGGCUCACUUCCACAUCUGUUAGAGAACAUUUUUGUGGGUUAUUGAGAGAAUUAAAUAAGAUGAUGACUAUAAAAAUCCCCUGCUCUAAGUCUAUGUGCAUGGCAAACUUAAUCUAUCCCCUCGAGGAAUUUAAAAUCUAGUGUAAGUGCCCGUUGCAAGAAAUUUUAGUAACUCUGGAAGGAAAAAGUUAAAAUGAUUUGGUUACAAUGCUUUAAAAAAAGAAGCUUUGCCGACUGCAAAAUUUCUCCCAUCCCAUUGGUGAGCCGCUAGUGAGCACCCACUGUGUGCCCAGUAUGUAAGUGAGGUGACUUGCCCAAGGUCACAUGGCUACCGAGAUGGGAGCUGAACCACACACUCUUCACAGACCCAGGCAUGGUAGCUUUUCUAUUGGUUAUCAUCGUCCUCAUUUG